UUCACGACACGGUUCUCCAGGCCCGGAGCCGGCUCGUAUAUAUAGCCCGGCCGUGCACCUCCCGGCCAUCUCGUCCACAGCAAAUUCCAAUCGAAACGCACUCGCGGCCACAUCCCACGUACGACGAAGAGCAGUGAGAGUGAGACACGUACGUGUUGUGUAUUUGUGGUGCAUACCUACGUAUUGCCCAUAGCAUACGGUGAAAGCUGUCUAGGGGCAUAUAUAGACGGCGCCGGAGAUGGGGACGGUGCAUGUGCAAGGUGUGGCGGCGUCGGGGAGGAUGCCGUCCAUGGAGGCGGAGCCGAAGACGCUCACCCUCGAGCAGCUCAAGUACGCAAGGGAGGCGGCGCUGUACGUGGUGAGGACGAGGACGACUGAGGAAGCCAUCAGGAUCUUCACGGAAGGGCUCAAGCCAGUGCGGGGCGUGCAGAAGAUGGGCUCCUCCUCCACGACGGACUCGUCGGACGACGACGUCGAGCUCGGCUCGUCGGAGGAUUCGACGCCGCGCGGCGGCGGCGGCACGGGUUGCCGCACCCACGGACGCUCCAUCAAGAGGGACAUUGCCACUGCACCGUUCUAGCUUGCGUGUUUAGUUCGAAAUUUUACCUUUUCUACGGGUUUUUUUCUCUUCCUGGCCCAGUAUUUUAGCUUUUGCAUCGGCUGGUAGCGCGGCAAAAUUUUGGGGUGCGUCCUGGCCUAGAGAAGGCGGCAAGAGACGUGAAGCUGGCCCGCACGACUAGUAUGCCGUUAUGUGUGUGUGUGUGCGUGUACAUAGCAGCAGACUACUUCAGUUCUUUGGCUUCAAAUUCUCCUCGUGUUCUUCCAUGCAUGUGGACUCUCAC